GCCCAUAGUUUGCCUGCUAUCACCUGUUUUCAUACUAACCAACAGUCGUUGCCUAAGGCUUUCAUCACUUGGGUUGCUUGCGUGGACAUCUCCCAACUCUGUUGCCUAUAUUAGACUUUUUAUAAAUACUCGACGACCACCCAUUCCGAGUACUUGGCAUUGACCAUCACGACUUAUUCAUCUACGACCAUCAACGCACACACAUCCAUCAUGUUCGGAUCAAGAUCGAGAAAAGAGAGCGUGUCUCAGGGCCGCUCAAGGAAAGAGAGUGUUUCGAAGCACAGGUCCAGCACCACAAAACACACAAAACAGCCUUCCUUCAGUCAGUCAUCGAGGAAGGUAGAGAAACUGGUCCAGCAGGCUCGACCAGUUUCUCAGGCUCCUUCAUCGAACGCCACAUCGCCAUCAUUGGGAAGCACCAUCAUCACGGUAUGCGUCGGAGCUGAGCAGCGUCUUUUCGCAGCUCACGAGGACGUCCUUUCUCACUCGCCUUACUUCCAGGCCGCAUGCAGUGGCCAAUUCUACCAGUCCGCCAAUAAGCGCAUCGAUCUCCCCGAUGAGGAGCCUGAGGUCUUCUCCUCUAUCCUCGAGUAUCUCUACAAGGGCGACUACUACCCGCGUCUCGAGUUCAGCAAGAAGCGCAACACAUGGACUCUCGAGGACGGUGGUAAAGACAACGGUGCCAACGAAGCAGUGAUCUACUCGCCGGCGGGACCCAUCCUGAAGGACACAGUGAUCUACUGCCAAGCUGAGAAGUACGGACUCCAGGAGCUGAAGAAGCUGGCUCUCCGCAAGCAGGGCCUGCAGUCUGGCAUCCAGUGCUCGACAAUUUUGACCUCUGCUCGUUAUGCCUACGCCAAUACACCUGACAACGACUCCAAGCUUCGUGCGCACUACCUCGCACUCAUCAUCCGUGCCCGCAACACUUUCAAGCGUAGCGGCACAAUGCAGAACGAGAUGGAAAACGGCGGUAAGCUGUUCUUCGACUUGUUCGUUGCCAUGGUAAAUCACAUGGAUGACCUUGGUCUGUCCGCGAAGUCGCCACGCUAGGCUGCCACUCCACCCCUAUUCCUCGGAACAUCUCGGGCCAUGAGCUUCAUCAUAACUCGGGCCAUCAACCUCAUCACCUCUCAUCUCCGGUUUGCUUCAUCUUUUCGGCGUUGGACUUUCGACUCCUUCUCUUCCGGCUUCCCGUCGUUGCCGACAUGACUCGUGUCGUGGCACGUACAACUCCCUUCUCACCAUCGUUACGGCUCUGACUCAUGGUCUCUCC